AUCGGCAGCAGUGUCGCAGGAUGAUGUGUUUGCUGCAGAUGCCAUUUGAAAAUAUAGGCAGUGUAAGCACUGUAGAAUCUAAUUAUUUCUUUGCAAAACCUAAUUAGGCAUUAAAAAAGGUUAACGCCAGCGCCUGAAACGUUUUUGUUUAAUAAUCCCAUUACUGCCGGCUCAUCAUGUAUAAAAUGGUGCAGGAGGACACUAAGUUUCCACUUGUUAAAGGGAAUCUCUGAGAAAUAGUCGCAGGUUUUUGACACUGUCUCCGAUUGGGAAAUUAGGGCUUGUAAUUAAACAGCGGAGGCUCAGCUCAGCACAUCGCACAGACUUCCUGGAAGGCUGUGAUUGGCUGGCUGUCUGGGUAGUGAUAGCAGCCCUGGAGCCGGAAUGAUUGAUGACGGUGGGGGCAAGGCAGAGCGCUGGCAGCAUAAAGGUCCAUAGAUGCCUCAAUAAAGAGCCUAGCCAGUGGAGAGCCUGGGCCCCUCCGCCACUGAGGACCUGCGGCUAGAGGAGUGCAUGAAGAGAGGCAGAGAAAGAGAGGGAGACGGAGAGUUGCUCUGUUGUCGGAUAAUCUGUUUAGCUGUCGAGCCAGCAGCCGUCUGAGGCUGGAUAAGUGCAGCGACGGAUGUGUGUGGGGUGAAAAUAGCAGGGGUUGGCUGUUUGAGAGCUGGAGGGGGAGAAAGACGCAGAGAUGGAGGAAGGUGCAGCUUUCAAUCUCAACCGAGCCUUCUCAAAUGUAUAAAAUGGAGUAUUCUUACCUAAAUUCCUCUGCCUACGAGUCAUGUAUGGCCGGGAUGGACACGUCGAGCUUGGCAUCGGCCUACGCGGACUUCAGUUCGUGCAGUCAGACCAGUGGCUUUCAGUACAAUCCCAUCAGGACCACUUUCGGGGCCACCUCCGGCUGUCCUUCCCUAACGCCGGGGUCCUGCAGUCUGGGGACCCUGCGGGACCACCAGAGCAGCCCGUACGCCGCAGUUCCCUACAAACUCUUCACCGAUCAUGGUGGGCUGAACGAAAAGAGGAAACAGAGGCGCAUUCGGACUACGUUCACCAGCGCACAGCUGAAGGAGCUGGAACGGGUUUUUGCAGAGACGCACUACCCGGACAUCUAUACCAGAGAGGAGCUGGCACUCAAGAUCGAUCUGACUGAAGCCAGAGUGCAGGUCUGGUUCCAAAACCGUCGCGCCAAAUUUCGUAAGCAGGAGCGCGCAGCCGCUGCGGCAGCUGCGGCUGCCAAGUCCAGUUCCGGGAAGAAGUCCGACUCCAGAGACGAAGACAGUAAAGACACCAAAACUACCGACCCGGACAGCACGGGAGGACCGGGGCCGAACCCGGUUCCCACUUCCAACUGCGGCGGACCGAGCCCCACCGCAGGCCAGGUCAACACGACCGGGAACGGACAAGUGGACCAAGUGAAGACCUCGGUGUCCACCGGCAUGGGAGUGACGGCACCGAGCCAAGGCUGGGCCACCGCACCCGGGACCAUCACAUCCAUCCCGGACUCGUUGGGCGGGCCUUUCGCUAGCGUACUGUCGUCUUUGCAAAGACAGAACGGAGCUAAAGCGACACUAGUAAAGACCAGCAUGUUCUAAUGAAGCUUAGAAAGCCCGAGCAGAGAUCUCUGGAGACUGAAAAGCAAUCGCCCAACACAGACUGGAGGACAAUAAAAAGCAGUUAGAAAAACAGAUGAAUACGGUUCUUUUAUUUUUUACCUUGCGCUCAACAGUUUUCCUGUAAAAUAUUCAUCUUAACAAGUCACACUUUCACAUAAAACAUGAAUUGAAACUGAAGCGAGUUGGGUGAAACGUCACCACCUACACACAGUCACGAAACUAAUUACCUUUAAAAAAGCUGCAAAAGAGGCAAUUUUCUCUUACUUAAACCAUAGAAAGGCAUCAUACCUCACUUUAAUUUAGCUUUAGAAAAAAAUGGUGGAGCAUAUGACUUGUUCAGAUGUCUAUUUUUUACCUCAUUAUGAGACAAGACGAAGGUUGGCGCACUGGAAACGUACAUCAGUGAGCAAAGGAGCCUCGUUCAGAGUCAGAGUUCAACAGCUGCUUUUGUUGGGUACACAGGCGCCUGAUAUCCAUGACUGAGGACGCUCUGACACAACCAUCCACCGACGCGCUUUUUUGUUCCCUCUAUACACAACCUGCAGUGUGAAAACUGCGGCUAUUUGUUUCUUAGGGCUGCAGAGAGUUUAGUUUCUUUAAAUUGUCGCUAUAAACACACUUAUUUCCUCGAUAUUAAAAAAAGGCACAAAUUACUGCAAUGUUCACCUCAGACAGGAAAUCUGUAUGUUUUGUGUGUCUUUCUACGGCAGUGUUUUUGUGGCUCAAAUUGUAUAGUGUUAAUACGUAUUCUUGUCUUAUAGUUAAAUCAUAGGCCAUAUCCCCUCGUAGAUCGACCAUACCAGUCUUUUGAUGUUUCACUAAAAGUCCCUCGGAAUAAUUUAUUUUGGGUAUUAAAGGGGGGGAAUGGAUGCAGACAUUGUAUUUAUUUCUAUAUAAUUGGCAUGUUGUCUUUUUGUCUGGGUUUAAAAUAAUUUCUCUCCCAUUUUGUGAGCAUUAUGUAACAUGUUUUUGUCCAGGAUCUGAAAGUUAUUUAUAUGUAGGUAAUGAAUGCUUAUAUUUAAGAAGGAAAUAUUUCUACAUGUGCACAUAGUUUUCAAGGUGUACCAUUGAAAUGAUUGUUGAUGAUAAAAAAAAUAAUAGUCCAACCUUGCUUUUGUCAUUUUUUAAAGACUUUCACGAAGCAAUCAUUACAGACUUCAUGUCUAUUGUACAUAAAUUAGGCCUACAUGAAAAUGUCCUCCUGCUGGUUUAAAAAAAGGCCGAUAAUUUCAGCACCAAGGGCAGCUCCGGUUAGGUUUAUAAUUCAUUCAGAUCCUAGAGGUUUCUUUCUUUAAAGACAACAAAACAAACACACCCCUCCCCCAAAAAACAAACCAAACAAAAUAACAAAAAACAUGGUUUUCAUUCUGCAAAACCUUUUAGCGAUUUUGUUUUACCAGCUUUGAUGUUUUUACACAUCAAAUAAUUGAUCAGUUAACAUUGAAUUUAAAAAUAAAGCUUUUUAGAUGAGGAGUACAUAGUUAUCAAUAAGCAAACAACAACAAAUAACAAUCGGCGCAAUGACAAACGUAUAAAUAAAUAAUUCGCUUUACUCAACAAAUUAUAAAACAUAAAAUAACGAAAAACAACGAAGACAACAACAACAAAAAAAAAAAAAACCGAAUCCAAAAUCCAAAAAGCAAACAGACAAAACAAGAAAUAAAAUACAGAGACUUAUUUAAAAAUUCUUACUGGCAUCAAAUAUGAUUUUACACAUAGUCAAACUGAUUAUUUCCAGUUACCUUAAGUUAGUUAAUAGUUAAACUUAUCGUUUACCACAUUUCUUUUUAAGAAAGUAAAUAUUGCGUUAAAUAAAUCUACCGAAAGCCGUCAUUUUUUUCCAGCCAGAAUUAGGUCACAGUUUAAUCUCACUUCAACAAACAGAAUAGAAAUUAUUUCACCUGUUUGUCUUUGUUGCCUCCGCCUCCAGCCUUAACCACAAUUUCUGUGGAACCACUUUGCAUUACUGUGAUUUAAAUGACCCCAAACUGAACUUAUGCAUUAUUGUUCAGAUAGGUUUUCUAGCUUUUGCGCUAUUUAGUAUCACGCAAAAGAUGGUAGCGGUAUCGACAGUGGUGACGUGGAAACAUCUGUUUUUAUUAACUGAUGCUGCAAGAAGUCUGACUCUAAUUUUCCCGCAAAUAUGAGGUUGACAUUGGAAGGAUUUAUCCAUAAAUUUCCAAAACCUUCCAAACAUAUUUCAGUCAUUUGUUUGGCAAAAAGAAGGAAAGAAAUACCUUUUGAUUUAUAAUAUUUAUUUAUAAACAUACAGUAAUGCGAUAAUAAAUGCCAUUGCAUUUAAACAUUAAAUGAAACUAUAUUCCGAAUAGUGUUCAAGGUGAAUAUUAUACAAUAAAUACAGUACAGAUGCAAAAAGGUUUCCAUUCCCCUACUGUCCUGUUAAAAGCCUCAGGGAGAGGAG